UGUACAUAGAAGCUUAUCACUUAUGUAUAUGUUGUGUGAUAUAAGUCGCAUUGCAUUACUAAUAACGUCAUAUUGUCCAAGCAGGCGAUGCGGAGUCGCAUAUGUAGAAUAAUUGGAGAUUACGACUUCUGGUAUGACACCGUGUUAUUGGUAUAGGCGUAACAUAGUUCAAAUCGGUUCACGAUAACUAUGGCUAUUACUGACAAUGUCCUCUCGCAGAAGAAAAUUGACGGUACUGAAAACGUUCGUGUAGACCGUGAGGUGGGAUUUACUAGUCCCGGACUUCCUAAUGAUGUUUUCGGGCAAGAAGACAACCAUGAUAUCAAAUACAAGACGUUAAGCUGGCCGCUAACUGCCGUUUUGAUGAUCACUGAAAUCAUCUCGAACGGCAUGUUGAGCCUGCCCAGCUCGUUGGAUGCAGUUGGUAUCGUCCCUGGCGUUAUCGUCAUCACAUUUUUAGGUGUCUUCGCUACGUUUACGGCCUGGUUACUCAUAGAGUUCAAGUUGCGACAUCCUGAAGUUCACAACAUGGGUGAUGCUGGGAACAUCUUAUUCGGGCCUGUUGGUAGAGAGAUAUUAAGCGCGGGAACCGUCAUCUUCGCCGUCUGUUCCGCGGGUUCUCAAAUCCUCGCCGGCCAGCUUGCCCUAACUGUUCUAUCCAACUCGAGACUGUGCGCAACAGCAUUCUCUGGAAUAUUUACUAUCGCGGUAGCAAUUUGCAGCUUUCCCCGAACUCUCCAUAGUCUAAGCUUAGUCUGGGUAGUCGGCGGGAUAUCCAUAAUAUCUGCAGGAAUUGUAGCGAUGGUAGGUGCCGGAGCUGUUCCGGUUGACAGAGGGAAUAUAGUGAUUACAAGGUCCAGCGACUUUACGUCCGCUUUUAUCAGUCUGACGAAUCCUGUGUUCGCCUACGCCGGUCAUUUUGUGUUCUUUAUUUUCAUCUCAGAAAUGAAACACCCACAAGAUGCAAUGAAGGCAGCGUGGACAUUGCAGAUUGUAGCGACUUCUUUUUACAUCGUGUUCGCUGUUGUCACUUAUUGGUAUAUAGGUCAAGGUGUCUCUAGUCCGAGCCUCCUUAGCUUAAGCCCGCUGUGGUCUAAGAUCUCCUUCGGGCUUGCGAUUCCCAACUUCUUCAUCGCAGGUAGUCUAAACCUUCAUACAGCUGCCAAAUUAGUCUUUGUCCGUCUCUUUAGACGGAGCCGUCAUAUACAUUCACAUACGUUUAUUGGCUGGAGUGUUUGGACGUUCCUAAUACUGCUGGUCAAUACCGUUGCAUUCCUCUUUGCAGUUGGAAUCCCUAUAUUCAACUACCUGGUUGGCAUUGCGGCAUCUAUGUUUGCUGCUUGGUAUACCUACGGGCUCGCUGGAGCGUUCUGGUUACACGACACAUAUUACUAUCACGGAGGAUAUAAUGGAUGGUUUAAGAGUCCUAUUUUGUUUUCCCUCAACAUACUUACCGUUCUUGCGGGUGGGUUUAUUUGCGUCGGUGGACUGUACGGAACCAUUUACUCACUCCGGGAGGCUGCAGAGGCUGGCGAGUUGCCACCACCGUUCCAGUGUUGAUAUUGAUUUUCAUUCGCUUUUGAUAUCUAUAUCAUAUUAGAAUGAUUAGAAUGCGCUAUGAUAUAAUAGGUCGGACUAAAAGCUCCAGCUUAUACCAUAACUAUCACAUCCUGACAUACUAUUCAUUAACGAAGAUGAACCAUUGUUGCAUGAUUUGCAUUGUUAAUAACAAACCAAAGACUACUCGAAGUACGAGGUAUGAGGUAUGAGGUAUGAGGUAUCAGGUAUGAGGUAUCAGGUAUGUAAGGAUAAGUGAGGUCAUGAUCCUAGAGCUGUGACGUUUUGCCAGCCUAUGACGUCAACAUUAGAAGCUUCUCCUAAUAGUAUUC